AUGAGAAGUAAGAGUUGUCUUGUGUGUCUUGUAUCUCUUGCUAUUGCUACCCUUUUUGGCAAUGGCACUGCAACUGCAACUGAAAGUGUGAAGCCAAGCCACUAUGCUUCAACAUUCAACAGAACCCUAUUUCCUUCCACUUUCAUCUUUGGUGUAGGUUCUUCUGCUUACCAGGCAGAAGGAGCAAGAAAUGUAGAUGGAAGAGGACCAUGUAUUUGGGACACCUUCACUGAACAGCAUCCAGAAAAAAUUUGGGAUCACAGCACUGGUGAUGUUGGAGCUGACUUUUAUCAUGGCUACAAGAGUGACAUAAAAUUGGUGACAGAAAUUGGGAUAGACUCCUUCAGAUUCUCCAUCUCUUGGUCAAGAAUAUUCCCCAAAGGCAAAGGAACCGUUAAUCACUUGGGUGUUAAAUUCUACAAUAAUCUCAUCAAUGAGAUUAUAUCAAAUGGUUUAAUACCUUUUGUCACUCUUUUCCAUUGGGACUUCCCACAAGCUCUUGAAGAUGAGUAUGGGGGAUUUCGUAGUCAUAAAGUGGUGGAGGAUUUUGGUAGAUAUGCUGACUUUUGCUUCGAGACCUUCGGAGAUCGAGUGAAGCAUUGGGUGACUCUGAAUGAACCCUUAUCAUAUAGUCUGUUUGGUUACAGUGGUGGAACCUUUGCACCAGGUAGAUGUUCUAAGUACGCUGGGAAUUGCAGUGCUGGUGACUCAGCCACCGAACCCUACAUCGUUGGACACAACCUCUUACUGGCUCAUCAAUCUGCUGCCACCUUGUACAAGACAAAAUACCAGGCUCAUCAAAAGGGACAAAUUGGGAUUACCUUACCGACUCACUACUUUUUGCCGAAAUCUCAGAGUGUUGCUGAUGAGGGAGCUGCAAGUAGAGCUCUAGACUUUUUCUUUGGUUGGUAUGCUCAUCCGGUUACAUAUGGUGACUAUCCUGAAAGUAUGAAAUCUUUAGUGGGUGCUAGACUUGCUAAAUUCACAAAAGCUGAAUCUGAAGGCCUAAGAAAAUCCAUCGAUUUUCUUGGUGUGAAUUACUACACCACAUAUUAUGCAGAAAAUGCUGCACCAGUCAGCACCAACAGGACCUUCUACACAGAUAUACUAGCCACUCUAACUACGGAAAAGAAUGGUGAAGCUAUUGGAACUCCGACGGAUUUGGAUUGGCUCUUCGUAUAUCCGAAGGGAAUUCACUAUCUUAUGGUAUACAUAAGGGACAAAUACAAGAAUCCAAAUAUUUACAUCACUGAAAAUGGUGUUGCUAAAGCAAGGGAUGAUUCAAUAGCAGUGGAUGAAGCCCUCAAGGAUGGUAUCAGGAUUAGAUACCUUAUUGGCCAUCUUCAUUUCCUUCUUCAGUCCAUCAAGGAAGGUGUUAAUGUGAAGGGAUACUAUGCAUGGUCAUUUUCAGACAGCUUUGAAUGGGAUGCUGGUUACACAGUUCGAUUUGGACAGAUAUAUGUGGAUUACAAGAACAAUAUGAAAAGAUACCUAAAGUUCUCUUGUUUUUGGCUCAAAAACUUCCUUCUCAACUGAUCCAAAUUUGUGCUUCCUUUGGCAUUCCGCGUUCUUUUUCUUGUUUAUUCCCUACUUUUCCCUUCUUGUUUAUGCUAUACAAUACCAUAUUUCUACAGUAUUUCAGUACCUACAUAUCAUAACAUUUGCUGUUUUUUGAAUACAAUCCUACAUCUUUGCCUUUUUAUCCUCA